CUGCUGCUGCCACACUCACACACUUGUUAUUCACAUCAACUUUUCCUGCUUCUUUUUUCCUCUCUUAUCUUUGCUCCAGAGGAUUAUAUCAUUUUCCUAUUGACAAUAUCAGCAUGCAAUAAUACAGAGCAUGCACCUGAGUCUAUGGGAAAGGACAGAGAUCCAGCAGAAGAAAACCAGAUGUGAAUGGAAAUAUUGAAGGUUUUUUUUUCUUCUUCUUCUUCAUUGCACUUAGGACAAUACGGGAGACAGGAUACUGCAUUUCUUCCAGGAAGGAGGGAGUUAUUCUUCUGGAUCUAAGCAUUAAUCUAACACAGGCUGCCAGGUCAUCUGGACCUUAAGAACAGUCCUUGAUUUUAAAUAUGUGCUGCAGACCUAAGAGAGGAUAGUCUGGAUGUUUCCUGCCCUUCACUCUGAGGAUAAAAGUGUUGCCUCAUACAGACUGGCACAGAAGACGUGUAUGCAUAUGCAUGGCACUGACAGAGCCUUUUGGAGACUGAGUGUUUUACAUUGAGAGGAUGCCAGUCAGAAGGUGCAGAGGUAGAGGUGAUAAAGUGAUGGGAUGCUGCUGCUGCCAUUCAUUGCCUCUACUGCUGAUGCUGCUCUGUAUGGGCACUUGCUGCAGAGCUCAGGUGCACAAUCUCAGCCUGUCAGUGGAUGAAGGACUGCCACCAGGAACCUUAGUAGGGGAUAUCCGUGCUGGACUGCCAGAAGGGAGCCCAGGUCAAGGCUUUUUCCUAUCUGAGGAGGAUGGAGAGUCUCCAGUGCUGAGGGACUUUCACAUUGACACUGAGACUGGCAUUGUGAGGACAUUAAGAAUUCUGGACAGGGAGCAAAGACAACGCUACAGCUUUGUGGCUGCCACUUUGCUAGGAGAUGUUGUCCAGGUAGAGAUCAAGGUGCAAGAUGUUAAUGAUCACUCACCAACCUUUCCUGUAGAAUCGCUGAAACUACAAAUAUCUGAACUGACACCACCUGGAACCACAUUUAGGUUACCUGAAGCCAGAGACCCAGACACUGGGGAAUAUGGUCUGAGAGGUUACUCUUUGAUUAGGGGCAGCCAAGGAAGUGCCUUCAUCAUCAGGUAUGGAGCAAACAAAUCUGCUAUGGGUGCUGAUAAAGAUUUUGCAGUUUGGGGUCAGGCUGAAAAGAAUGUAAGGGUGAAUGAGAAGGUUCCUAGAGAAAGACCAGAUGUCCAGGAAUGGCAAGAACAUGACACGUUUGGGCAGGACAAUGUAUAUGAUAAAUUGAAUUUAAAUCUCUCAGACUUUAUAAAUGAGACUAGUGAAGGGUUACAAGCAAAACACAGGGGUGCAGAUGUUGCAAUGAAGUCUUAUAGUGAAUUAGAACAUAAGGAUGUUGAGUCUGAGCAUGUAGAAGGCAUAACCUAUGGGACAGGUACACAUGGGCUGCAGCAAGAAUUUACAAUAAAAGACCAUAGUCCUGAUGCACAGACUCAUCUUUAUGAAUGGUAUGGCAGGGAAAAUAGUAACCCAGCAGGUUCACAUGAAAAGCAGGAAUUAGAAGAGUCAUCUUUGCAUUUUAACUUUCACCCCCUGGAUCUUGUGUUAGUGCAUUGGUUAGAUAGGGAGGAGCUUGACAGGUAUCAACUGGAAGUUGAAGCUUUUGAUGGAGGAUAUCCACGUAGAACUGGAAGACUUUUAAUAGACAUCACAGUGAUGGAUGCAAAUGACAACCCUCCAGCCUUUGACCAGUCUGAGUAUAAAGGAUGGGUGUGGGAAAAUGCUCCAGUAGGUACACCAAUUUGCACAGUCCAUGCAACUGACCCAGACUUAAGUAGCAAUGGGGAGGUGAAGUACACUCUACGAUCUGAUGAGGGCAACUUUUUUGUUGAAGAAACCAGUGGUGUAGUAAGGGUUAAUCGACCCUUGGACAGAGAACAAAAGGCUUUUCAUCAACUUGUGGUACAAGCCAAAGAUGGGGGAUCACAACCGGAAGUGGCAAGUGUCCUUGUUGUAAUAAAAGUUCUUGAUGUUAAUGAUAACAAACCCCAAAUACAAAUUACACUACUUACUGAAAGUGGACGCCCUGAAAUAUCAGAGGGAGCAAGGGUUGGAGAGUAUCUUGCAAGAAUUUCUGUAUCUGACCCUGACUUACAGCUUCAGGAUGUUCCUUUGUCAAUAACUGAAGGUCAAGAAAGAGGGGGGCAAGCAGAUACAACCCUGCAUAGUGAUACACUGGAAGAAUAUGAUGGCAUAAUGAGACAUUCACUAUUAGAUACAACACCUAACACUAAUGAGGAGACAAGUAAACUACAUAGAAACAUAAUGCAGGAACAACAAAAGAUUGAAUAUGUUAAUGUGGAUGGACCACAACAGGUGUUUCUGAAUUUGGAAGGUUCUGAUGGCUCUUUUUCUCUUCGUUCUGUUGCACCUCAACUAUACUUUUUGUGUGUUGAAGCUCCCCUGGAUCGUGAGCAGAAGGAUAUAUAUGAGCUAAAACUGCUUGCUAGAGAUUCAGGUUCUCCUCCUCUACAUACUCUGAAAACACUACUUGUUGCUGUCACAGAUGUAAACGAUGAGACCCCUGUUUUUGCUCACCCUGAAGGAUACCAUGCCACAGUUUCAGAAGCUGCAUCUGCUGGUACUGCAGUACUUACCCUUAGUGCCCUAGACUUGGACGAUGAUGGUCCAAAUUCUUGGAUCACCUAUACUCUUCAGGACAGUUCUACUUCUUCAGCCUUUAUGUUGGACCCACAUACAGGGGUUCUCAGCAUUAACAAAACACUUGACUAUGAGGCAGAGACUGAAUUGAACUUAUCUGUUGUAGCUACUGACCAUGGUAUUCCUCCACUGUCCACCACUUGUCCUGUGACUAUAAUGGUCGAGGAUGUCAAUGACAAUGAACCCAUUUUCUUGCAACAGUUCUACAACGUAACCCUGCAGGAACAUUCCACCAUAGGACACUGCUUCCUUCAGGUGAAGGCCACGGAUGCUGACUCAGGUUCCUUUGGAGAAGUCCACUACUUUCUAUAUGAUAGGUUCCAAAUCACUAAAGAAUCUGAGAAGUUCUGGAUUGAUCAUGAUUCUGGACGUAUUUGCGUAUCUCAAGAUGUUGAUAGAGAAGGAGAGCCUGGAAGUUAUGAUCUUAUUAUAAAAGCACAAGAUGGGGGUGGCUUAAGUGCCCAAGCAUUUGUUCGAGUCGAUAUAGAAGACAUAAAUGACAAUGCACCCGUCUUUGAUCAAACUAAUUACGUGACAAGCAUUAGCAGUCACACUCAACCAGGAACAGAGAUACUAAAUGUUGUGGCCACUGAUAGAGAUGGAGGAAUGUUUGGGGAAGUGUUAUAUGAGCUAAUACCUAGAGAUAAGACACCAGUCUUUACUAUUGACUCAUCUUCAGGAAUUAUGUAUUUGAUUGCUGCUCUCGAACAUCUGGAGGAUUCGCAAGUGACGUUCUCUGUAUGCGCUCGAGAUAAAGGCGGCCUUACGUCCGCAGUGAACGCGUCUGUGACUGUUAACAUCCAAAAAACUACGGUAGCACCUCCACUGUUUGAAAAAUCCCGCUACACCUUUGUAAUAUCGGAGGAUGUUCCAAAUGGCACUGCUGUUGGUACUGUCAAGGCUAGAGAACCUCCAAAUUCCAUUGAUCCUGUAUCAUACAGAAUAUUGUCUGGUGAUCCACAUCAGAUGUUCUCCAUAAACUCCCAGUUUGGUAUCAUUACAACAAGAAAGCUACUGGAUCAUGAAUCUCAGCCCAUUAUUGUUCUUACUGUCCAGGCACAUCUAGGGAGCUCUCCGGUCUUCAGCAGUACACAGGUCAACAUUACUAUAACGGACGUCAACGACAACCCGCCUGUUUUUUUAAGGGUGAAUGAAAGAAUAAGCUUACCCCAGACAACUUCUCCUGGCAGUGCACUGUAUAUUGCUCAAGCAGAAGACAUAGAUGAUGAUUAUAAUGGAUUGAUCACCUACAGCAUUGCUAGUGAAAAGCAAGACAUGUUUAGCAUUGACCCUAACCUUGGAAUUUUGUACCUAAAUACAACUUUAACAAUGGUCUGUGAGCAUAUUCUCCUAAUAACGGCUGAAGAUAACGGACGUCCUCCCUUAAGUUCCCUCCUCACAUUAACUGUUAGUGUUACAAAGAACAAUCUUGGUAAUGCUUUGACUUUUGGAAAUUUGGUGCAUCAAGUUGAAAUCAAUGAAGAUUUCACUAUCAACUCAAGAAUCAUUCAGGUAAAAGCCUACUUUGAUGGGGCACAAAGUCAGCAGACUAGAAUCAUUUACUCCUUGCUCCCUGCGGAUUCAGUUAUAUUUGGAAUCAGUCGGAAUACAGGAUGGAUCUUUCUGCGUCGGUCUUUGGAUUAUGAGAAAGCGAACAUAUAUAAUCUGAUUGUAGUGGCAAGAAGCAUGGACCCGUUUAAAGAUCAGACUGCAACCACUUCUAUAAUUGUGAAGAUUUUGGAUGUAAAUGACAAUUACCCAAUUUUCAAUCAGCACAUCUAUUUCUUCACUCUUCCUGAAAAUCCAUCUCCUCAUGGUGUGGUUGGGACAAUCAGGGCACUGGAUAUGGACUCAGGGAGGAAUGGACAGCUCUCAUACUUUCUUCUUUCUGAGGACAAUUAUUUUCAUAUCAACUCUAAGACAGGCGAAUUGAUGAAUUCUGAAUCCUUGGAUCGUGAAGUUAAAGCAUAUCAUCACCUCACUGUAUUGGUGACUGACCAUGGCACGCCACGCCGCAAUGCCACAGCUGCAGUUUACAUCACAGUCACUGACCUUAAUGACAACAAGCCAUUCUUUCCCCAGUCGCCAUCAGGGAAGCAGCUGCAUGUAAAGGUUCCAGAUGGCCAGCCCGGACAUAUGUUCGUGACUGCUGUUUAUGCAAAGGAUCCUGAUGCUGCUAAUAACGGGACAGUGGUGUACUCAAUGUCCUCAGAUGAUGACCUGGCUCAUUUUUUUAUUAACGUUACUAGUGGGGAAAUAUGGACUACCCAGACACUAUCAGCAAAUCUAAAAUCCCACUAUCAAUUAACAAUCACUGCAAGUGAUCAAGGCACCCCCGCUCUGGAGGAAUAUGUUAUAGUUAACAUUCAGGUCAUUUCAACAUCCACAGAGAAAUUAAAAGAUCUGAUUGAGGUCAAGACAGUAAAGAUUCCAGAAAGUAUGAAACCUGCUCAAAGGAUUGGCUCAGCGAAGUUGCAUGAAGAUAAGAUUUUGCAUAAUUCGAAGCUCAUGUAUCGUCUAUCCGAAGAAGACCACGAUGGUCAUUUUGCCAUUGAUAGUUCCAGUGGUGACAUUUACCUUUCGAGAACUAUAGAUUAUGAAACAAAUCCUCAAUAUAUGAUAAGUCUUAGCAUACAAGAUCAUAACAAGGUACUUUCUCAGAACCACUCUGUCAUCCUAAAAGUUGAUGUUGAAGACCAAAAUGACCAUUAUCCUGUCUUUCCUGACCACCUUGUGGUCAUAGGGAUUGCAGAAAAUGCCCCUAUUGGAACAAUAUUGUAUACAUUUAAGGCAAAAGAUGGAGAUGGCAACAUAGCAAACAGCAAAAUUAAAUAUUCAUUAAACUCUGAUCCUAGAAAAGAAAAUCCCUUUGUUAUUCACAAAUGGGAUGGAACUUUAACUACAAACCGAGCUUUGGAUCGAGAAACAAAGGAGUCAUUUAUUCUGACAGUUAUUGCAACAGACCAGGCAGCUAAUAUCACACAGCGCCGACACUGUUCACUGACAGCUCGGAUUAUCAUUCAAGACGUCAACGACAACCCUCCAAGUUUCCUAUCAUUGCCCGCUGCUUCUGUAAUAGAGGACACAGAAAUUGGCUCGCUCAUACAUCGGGUGGUGGCUGAAGAUCCGGAUGAGAGAGAGAAUGGAAAAAUAACAUUUCACAUUAUGGAUGGAAAUUCAAAGCAAGUUUUUUUACUGGAUGAAAUAACAGGAUGGCUGAGCUUAUCCGCAGCAGUUGACCGUGAGAUCCAGGAACAUUAUACUUUAACCAUAUUGGCCACCGAUAAUGGAAAUCCAGCUCUGUAUGCAACACAGAUUGUUACAGUCACGGUUGCUGAUGUAAAUGAUGUGUUACCGACAUUUAAACAAGUCUUGUAUGAAGUGGCCAUUCCUGAAAACCUAGAGCCUGGACAGCAUGUGAUGAAGGUUGAAGCAGAGGACAGUGAUUCAGGAGUCAAUGCUGCACUGACAUAUCACAUGUUGCCAGGUCCAGCACAUGGAUUUUUCAGAAUAAAUCCUGAUACUGGAGAGCUGAUUACAGCGGCAUCAUUUGACAGAGAGAAACAGGAUCAGUUUAUUAUUAGGGUACUGGUGACAGAUGGCGGAUCCCCAUCAUUCUCCAGUUCAGCGACCGUUGUGUGUACCGUGCUGGACGAGAACGAUAAUGCUCCUGAGCUCUUACUUCCUGAGGCUGAGAUCCAUGUCCCUGAAAACCAAGAUCUGGGAAUAAUUCACAAAGUUCUGGCCAUAGACAAGGAUGCUGGCAACAAUGGCAGAAUACAAUUCCAAAUAAUUGGUGGAAACACGGGCGGAUAUUUUGCCAUCAAUAACACUUCAGGCGAGCUUUGGACCACCCGUAGCCUAGAUAGAGAGGAUGUCAGCAGUUUCACCAUUAUCGUGGAAUGCCAUGACCUGGGCAGUCCCCAGCGAAGUACUACAGCCAAGCUGCAUAUUAAAGUCUUGGAUGAAAAUCAUAAUCCACCUACAUUUCCUAAGAGCCAGUACCGCACAUCUGUUAGAGAGGAUCUAGCUGUUGGAUCAAUGGUUCUUAGCCUUCAUGCAGUUGAUGUAGAUGAAGGCUCAAAUGGUGAAGUAACAUACUCCUUGAUUGAUGAUACCCAAGGUGUUUUCACUAUAAACUAUGCAACUGGAAACAUUGUAACUGCGAAGACCUUGGACCGAGAAUCGAAACAUCAAUAUGCGUUCCGGGUGGCAGCUAGUGACAGUAGCAUAUAUGGUCCACUAAGUUCCACCGUCAAAGUGUUAGUUCAUAUUGAUGAUAUCAAUGAUAACAUGCCUCUAUUCUCAGAGGAUCUUGUACAAGGUCUUAUUUCCCACCAAUCCUUAGUGAAUACAACAAUUGCUACAGUACGUGCAAGUGACCCAGAUCAAGGCUUGAAUGGAACAGUGGUGUAUAGUCUAGUCGAAACGGAUCCACUUUUUUUUAUCGACCAGGAUACAGGAGAGAUUAAACUUCAGAAAACAAUCUCUCAUACCUUCAGGAACACAGUUCUCAAAGUGCAGGCCUCAGAUCUUGGUAACCCAGUGAGAACAUCGACAUGUCUUGUGACCAUCGAUCUUGAAGGCCAGGAGAAGGAUAUUUAUUUUGUGCAGAAUGUUUAUGAAGUAAACAUAUUGGAAAAUAGCAAAGCAGGUACAGCAGUGGUGAAAGUAGAGGCCAAGUACUUUAGGCCAUCUGACCAAUCCAUAUCCUAUAGAAUUAUCAGCGGAGACAAAGAAACGUUUAUGCUUAAUUCUAAAACAGGAGCCCUCACGGUACAGGACGCGUCAUUGCUCGAUUUCGAAGCCAGAAAUACGACAAAUGUAAUCAUCUCUGCCGAAACCAGCCGGUCAGUUAUCUACUGCAGGGUCACUGUGGUAAUCCAAGAUCAGAAUGAUAACCCACCAGUGUUUGACCGGGAUCACCACUUUACAUGGGUCUUGGAAGGUCAGGCCUACAACAUGAUUGUUAUCCAGGUUUUUGCUAGCGAUGCUGACAGUGGGCUGAAUGGACAGAUAGAUUACACUAUUGUGGACGGCAAUGAAAAUAACGCUUUUCUGAUUGACUCACGACGAGGUGUCCUCUCUACAAACGCUAUACUGGAUCGGGAGAUUAAAUCCUCAUACAGGCUGGUCCUCCAAGCUGCUGAUAGAGGAUUUCCAAGUCUUUCUGCAACGAGCAUCGUAACAGUACUAGUUAUUGACAUCAAUGACAAUGCCCCUACAAUACCCCCGCUGGAGACAGCAUUCAUUCCUGAAGAUGCUGCCCCUGGCUUCAAUGUAGCUUGCAUAUCAGCAAACGAUGUGGACCUGAAGCCAAAUGUAUUGUAUAGUUUUACUGAAGAUGGAAAUCCUGGAAUGAAGUUUGCCAUUGACAAAUACUCAGGGGUUGUAACCCUCAUUGGUGACUUGGACUAUGAAGAAACAUCGCAAUAUAAUUUGAGGGUUCAGGCCUCAGAUUGGAUGCAUCUAGCUGAAGCAGAACUCAUCAUUGUUAUUCUAGAUAUUAAUGAUAAUCCUCCAUUAUUUACUAAAGAUUCCUACAAGGCAUCAAUACCGGAGCUGACUGCCCCUGAUACAUAUAUUAUAACAGUGUCUGCUACGGAUAGAGACUCUGAGAUGUAUGGCCCUGUUUCCUAUCAAAUUAUUUCUCCACUUAACGGAUUUACAAUCCAUCCAACUAUUGGUUCAGUGCAUACAGACAUGCCGGUGGGGAUAAAGGAGAAAAGUACUGUGAUUCCUAUUUUGAUAGAAGCCAAGGAUAGUGGAGUUCCUCCGUUAUCUUCCACUACUAUUCUGGAGCUACAGAUUCAUGAUGUAAACAAUAAUUCCCCUUCAUUUUCAGAAGAGGUGUACCAUGUUAAUAUAAGUGAAGACGCUGUGGUUGGAGAGGCUAUUCUUACCUUUACAGUUACAGAUUUGGAUUGGACCCAUGAGAAUGCAUAUAGUGACCUUUCAAUUGUCAGUGGAAAUUCCUACAAUCUGUUCUACGUGCAAAGCAUUGGGAUUCUUUCGCAGCCUCCAUUUGUAGUCAUUGGCAAACUAAUUCUAAAUGGGAAUUUAGAUUAUGAGACAAGCACCACUCAUACAUUGGUUUUAAUCGCUUCUGACCAAGGAGUCUCGCCUUUAAGCUCUAGUGCUACUGUUUUGAUAUCUGUUCUUGAUACCAAUGACAAUCCACCAAUAUUUAACAACCAGGAGUACCAUAUCAGUGUCAGAGAACAUUAUCCUAUAAAUAUGGAAGUGACCAAAAUAUCAGCUUUUGACUAUGACAGUGGAGAUAAUGCUGACCUAGUAUACAGCAUUGUUUCUGGAAAUGAUGGAGGCACUUUCACAGUUGAUUUACAAAAUGGGACUGUCACUCUAGCAGAGCCUCUGGAUUAUGAACUUGUUAUAAAUUUUGCUUUAGUUUUAAAAGCUACUAAUGCCUGGGGAACUAAAAAUAAUGAUGCAUUUACAAGACUCUUCGUUACAGUGCUUGAUGACAAUGACUACCCACCUCAAUUCCUGUUUAACAGUUUGAGCUGUAGUCUCUCUGAAAAUAUGCCGCCCUUCUCACCAGUGUGCACAGCAAAUGCCAUUGACUUAGAUUCUGGACCAUUUGGUGCCUUGAGUUACUCUAUUCAAUCGAUGUGCCUAAAUGAGCUAAAGCAAGAUAAGUUUUUCAUAGACUCAUUAACUGGGGACAUUUAUACAAAGAGCAAAAUCGAUUAUGAGACUCAUAAAAAGUAUUGCCUUGUUGUCCAGGUUAAAGACAGAAGUGAAUCCACAGCCUGCGUACUGGUUUAUGUAGACAUAGAGGGGCAGGAUGAGUUUCCACCUCUAUUCCAAGAGGAUGAAUAUUUAUUUGACAUACCACAAGAAAACAAACCUGGACAAGUCAUAGGCAAAGUAGCAGCUUCAGACAAGGAUGAAGGACUUGAUGGGGUGAUCUAUUAUAAUCUUGAAAAGUCUUCUCAGUUUUUCUCUGUCAAUGCAACUAGUGGUGUCAUAUACUUAAAAAGAAGUGUUCAAAAGAUACGAACUAACUCAAGACAAAAUGAUGACAUUAUUGAGUUAGUGGUAAGAGCCCAAAGCCCAAAGCUAGAGUCAAAGUCAUCGACCUGCACUGUUCGAGUUAACAUUUCAACAGCUCUAGAAAGUUACCCUGUUAUGUCAGCAAACAUACUUUCCAUCAGUUUCGGCAUUUCCUUUGUGGUUUUUUUGCUACUGGCUAUAAGCCUUAUUGGCAUAAUUCUGCGAUAUAAGAGAAAAGAUGUUGUAAAUGCUUGCGGGAUAAAAGAAGUUGCUCUUCCUGCUCUCCCAAAUUCAAAUGUUAAAGACUGCAUGUCUGAUGAGUGUCCAAAGUAUGAAAAUACCAAGAACAGCAUACCUCCAGAUACAGCAGAGUGGCUGGGGUUAGUUGGCAUUAGAGAAAAGAAAGACACUGGGAACAAAUGCAGGAAUUCAGACUCGAGUGGUCAUGGCUCAACAGAAGGGGAAACUGCUGAAGAUGAAGAAAUAAAGAUGAUCAAUGAAUACCCCAUUAGAAAAGAAUCUGGUUCUGUUCUUAGUGAAAGAGCCUCACGAGUUCCAGACUCUGGAAUUCCAAGAUACUCUGAUCUUCUGUCAUGUGAAUCAGAUGAAACAGAUGUGGUGAUUGGGUCAGAAAACACAGAAAGUGUGGUGAUCCUUAAGGAGGAAAAAGCAGAAGGAGAAUGCCAUGCAUACUAUAAUUGCAAAAAGGAGAUACCAGCAACACAACAUGACAGUGAAAAUAACCCAAAGGACAAAAACUCCCUGCCAGAGACCAGUCAGGACUACAUCUAUGUUCCUAUGUCAUAUGACUCAAGAUAUGGUUCUUUGGCAUCUUUAGUGGCCUCUGAUGAGGACCUUAGAGGAAGUUAUAAUUGGGAUUACCUGCUUAGCUGGGAACCCAGGUUUCAGACACUUUCCUCUGUUUUCUGUGAUAUUGGUAGGCUGAAAGAUGAAAAGAUUCAUCGGCAUGUGCCUAAGCAAAAGAAACCUUUCAUUUUUCCACCCCCAUUAAUCACAUCUGUGGCACAGCCUGGGAUAAGGGCAGUACCACCUCGAAUGCCAACUAUAAUGUCAGGACAGACAUUUGUAAAAUAUCCACGAUCACCUUAUUUCUCUAAUUUGGCAUGUCAGUCUUCAACAAUGACCCCAACCUUUUCGCCUUCACUGUCUAUGCUCUCGGUUCACAGUCCGACCUCACCCCUGCGUUCAGACAUAGGAAUUAAUGGAACAUCAGUGCCUGCACUGUCCGAGGAACUGUUGAUACAACAAGAGUUUCAAGUAUAAGACCCAUGUGUGGUAUUCACAACUGUAAGAACUUGCGGGGACCAAGUAAGGCAUGUAGACAAAAAAAAAAUCAUUAAGACACUGCAUUUCAACUACCUAUAUAUGGUGUCCAGUAAAUUGUAGUCAAUUAAAAUGGCCAAACCGAGGGACUGCUCUGCUUGUCUUAUGUCUAUAUGAAAACGUUUUGUUUACCUGUCUCCAUUUCUGUGACAGUUUUCAGAUUCUCCAGUGUCCACAAUGCAUGAACAUGUCUGAAUUGAAAACCAUUUGUGCAACUAGUAAACUCCUUAUCAUAGGCCAGUAUUUACCAGCAUUUAAUUAUACUGUAUAUUACUACUACUAGAGUUUAACAAUCUUUUAUUUAUAGCCUCUCAUGAUUUUUGUGUACAAUAUCAAUAACAAAUGAUCAUCCACAAAUGUAGCUGGAAUUAAAACUAGCCCACUUAUUUAAAACCCCUCUAACUGAGCCAGUAAAUGAUGACAAAAUGAAUAGUGUCCCAUGAAAUGUAUUUGUGGCAAGGUCACAAAGCUUUUUACUUUUGGGAACAUGGACCAAUAUGGGUUGGGUGGCAGGCUACCCUAUAUCUAAUUCUGUCUCUUUGUGUUAAUGAGACUGCAUGUAUAUAAAGGAAGUAUGUCAGGCAGAAUAUACAUCUGUACAGUUAUUCAGAAUAUUUUUUCUAAUAACAAUGAAAAACUCAACUCAACUCAAACUCAACAGUUCUUCAGCAGAAAUUUACAAUUUUGCACAGUCAUUGUACAAUCUUCCUAAAGUGUUGGGCAAUUUUGUAAAUACUAUGUUAAUCGAAUCUAUGACCGGUUUUGAGUUAUGUGAUGUUCUGUCAUUUGUUCACUAGCAAAACUAAACUUUGAAUUCUUUGAAUUUCUGUUAUUAGAGAGCAGUGCACUAUAGGAGCUCAGAUGACUGGUAGAUUACAAUUAGGGCCCAUGUACGCAACCAUAUGAAUAUUAUAUGGCUCUGAAAUACAUCAGUCAUAGACUGCUAGGAGAAGCAUAUACAGAUUUUUUAUUCCCUUACAGAUCCAUAUGGAGUAUGUAAGAACAAAAAACAUGUCAUGUUUCAUUGCAAAUUAAACUAUUCCCCUAGGAGAUGCACUGGUUCAAGAGAAGAAUAUAGUAACUUGAGAAGACACCAUUCAUCCGCAUGCAAAAUGCCUACUGGACUAUGAUAUAAAUCUGUGAGGGCUCAUUGUGCCACCACAUAGGGUCCUUGCUUACAUCUAUAGCAUGUGCAGAAAAGCUAAGGCUGCUUUCAGAUGGGCAAUGUAGACAUCUUGGAAUUGUUGGAGUUUACAAAUAGAAAAUUGCAGCAUAUUCUAUUUUUGCACUUUUUUUUCAGCAAGACUCAUACAUUCAAAUUAAUAAAUCUGAAGGGGAAACAGAUGGCACAUGAUCUGCAUCAAUGUGGAAUCCAUUUUAAAACUCAUUUUUGUUUCUAACUGGAACAUAGAUGAGUUUUUCUAAGCUGUUAGGCCAAGUUACAAAGCAGCUUUUGAAGCAGAAGAAAAAAUAUCUCAAAACCAGCACAAAAACAACAAAGAAAGUAAAUUAGUGUUAAAGGGUUAUAUCCAUCUCGGACAUUGAAGGCAUAUCACUAGGAUAUGCCACCAAUGUUAGAUAGGUGUGGGUACAGCUCUGACAGCUGCUCCUAUCCCCAGAACAUGUUCCCCAAAGUGAAGAAGUGCACACCACCCAUGCAUGCAGUGCUCUCCAUUCAUUUCUAUGGGAGUAACGAAAUUAGUCGAGCAAGAACACUCAGGUAUUUUCUGAACUUCCAUGCAUAAUCACCUCUCCAUUCACUGUUAUGGGACUGUAAAUAAUUAAGCCAUUGUUCUGCUAUUUUCCAAACUCCCAUACCAGUGAAUGGAGGGUGACCGCACUUGGAGUACUCUCCUUUACUUUGGAGGUAAGAGUAGUGGGACCCAGAGGUGGAACCCGCACCUAUCUGAUAUAGGUGAUAUGCCACCAAUGUCUGAGAUGGGGAAAUACUUCUUAAAAGCUACUAAAACCUUUUAUGCAAUCUUAAACGGUGUUAAUAAUGGAAUUAUAAUUUAAUGUGAAUUGUUAUACCCCCAGGCAUCAUGCUGCCACAAUGUAUCUUAUGCUGAUGUUAAAUACAAGAUGCUAUAUGCUGAUUUUUGAAACAAAAGAAUUGUACUAUGAUAUUUUUUAAUAUAUGAAGACAAUUACCUAAUAUAGGUUAAUUUCAACUGUCCUACACCAAGGGUUCUAUCAUAUUGUAUUACCUAUGAGAACAUAUUUUUACAUAUAUGAGCAUCAAAAAAUCUAUAAAUUCUGUUGCCUUAAGUGGCAAAGGAAAUGUCCUGUUUGUUGUGUUACCCAACUAUAAGGUUUUCCAUUAAUGCAUCAUGUCCUAUCAUCACUAUCCAACCUUUAAUGUAACCUAGAAUGUAUAAUAAUCAUACAACCCCCCAAAGUAUCUUAUAAUUAUUAAUAAGGUACAGUAUAAGGAGAAAUCAAGCACUUUUGUUAGUCAUAAGGGCAGAAUAUCACACAAGAACAUUUAAAAAUACGUUUGAUUAUCUCUUUGUGGCCAACUUUGCUCUUUUCAUAGAAAAGGAAAGGAUGGUUCCAAAGAGGGACAUAUAAUUUUUCCAUUUACUAUUUAAAAUGGCCGACAUCAACCUGUCCUAGAAUGUGAGCAGGACGGGUUUCCUCCAAUUGAAGAGCUGUCAAGGGGACAGGACCUCACUAUACUGCUCUACAAUAGAUGGUAAUGAUGUGAUCCUGCCUACAAUAUGUCAUCAUGGCUGAGCAGCCUGACAGUAACACUCACCAUUAUGUAGUAUAUUGUGUCCCCUCAUUCUCCCAGGCAGCCAGUCCUGCUCACAUUCUAGGACAGUUACUGGUGGUCAUUUUAAUUAAUUCCCCUUUAAGUUGUUAACUUUUCAGUGACCUAAAAAAUGUAUAAAUAGCACAGGAAAAAGAAAACAAGUAAAUAAACAUGAGUAUUUACAAUGCCAUAUACGGUAGAAUAAGCUACUUUAAUGGUGCUUCACAUUUCUUCAUAGAUGGUAAAAUAAAAUUCCAUUAUUACUCAAGUUAUAUGGGCAUGUCCUGAAGAAAUAUAUGCACAGUGGAGAGACUAAAAAAGAAAAUUGGUGCAGUUGCCCAUAGCAACCAGUCAAAUUGCUGCUUCCAUAUUUCAAAAGGCAUCUGGAAAAUGAGAAGUAGAGUCUAUCUGGUUGCUAUUGGCAAAGGCUCCACUUUCCUUUUGCAUAAUAUUAGAUAAAUAUUCUCCAUUGUGGCUGUUUGGUUUUGUUUGACUGGUGCUUAAAGUAAACCAAGGAUGGCAAUUUUUAACACUAUAUUUCCCGAGGCUCAGUACAUCACCACCUACUUAUUGGCUGAGCUUUGGAAUAGUAGUUCAGUGGUGCAUAGGUGAUGACUUGCCUAUUCCUGAUCUAAUGCUUAAUAAUUGUCUAAGACCUGUUUAACCCCACUUUGGAAUCAAUUUUGUGAUAUUGAGUGGGGAAUCUUACAAGCUGUAAAUGUAACUUUAAUUAUGUUUACCAAAUUAUUUUCUAUUUUAUAUGUAUACAGAAUUCAGGAAAUAUUAUGAAUACAUGAAAAAGGGAUAUUAUUUUUCAGACUGAACCAAAUGUAUUCAAAUAGCUGUGUUUUAAAUGCAGUUUUCAUUAUAUGCCAAAAUAAA